AUGGCAUACACAGACGAUGCUGUCAAGGCAAAGCUUUCUGCCCUGAAUGAGACUCAAGAGAGUAUUGUCACUGUUGCCCAGUGGGUCAUGUUCCAUAGACGGCAUGCCGAUAAGACCGCACAGAUCUGGCUGCAGAAGAUCCGUGACUCUCAGCCCGUCAAGCGCCUCAAUCUGGUUUACCUAGCCAACGAGGUCUCCCAACAAUCAAAGGCUCGAGGUAGAGAAGAGUUUCUUACAGCCUUUGCGCCAAUCGUCGCGGAGGCCACAGCAACCGCCUACAGGGGUUCUUCGAAUGAUAUUCAGCAGAAGCUCCGCCGUGUUGUGGAGGUGUGGAGAGCACGCAAUGUUUUCGAGGGACCCAUCCUAGAUGCGGUGGAUGCCCGUUUGAACGAAAUCGACAAAACUCGCUCUACUACCAAGAAACAGCCCCUCGGCGGCUCACUCUUCAACAAGGAACCCUCCGCCGGUUCUGCUCCCACCGAAAUCCAGCCACUGAUUCCAUUGCAAGUCGCCCUUAACAAGGCUGCUAUCACCUCCACCACUUCUGCCGCAAAUGCCGAUUCCGAAUACAGCAAGAUGCAUGAUAACAAGGAGCCACAGCCUACUCCUCCGGUGCAUGCUGCGCGUCUGAGCCAGCUCCUCAAAUCCCUCGCCAACGCCGAGAGCUCUGUCUCGGAGGUCAUCAAGUCCCGGCGUGCAUUGAUCGACGGGCUCGAGAAACUUCUUGCAAACAACCGGUCUGAACUGGCCAAAGAGGAGACAUUGGUGGCGCAGCUCUCAGAGAGAAAGACCCAGACGGAUUCGAAAAAGCGUGAAGUCGAGGAUGCCAUAAUGCUAAACAUGACCCCCGCCACCUCGGGUUCCCAUUACUAUGAAGGGGAGGUCCCUCGUCCCGAGGCUGAGGCUCUGACCCCUCCCUCUGUUGAAGCGUUAACGCCUGUCGGGUCACCCAAGCCUGAGCAACAGCAAACUAGCCAUGGUCCUUUCACCGAGGAGCCGCAAAUGGAGCUCUCCGAUGGACUGGUCAUUCCUGAUAUGGGACCAGACAGUGGACUCCCACUAGACCCGGCUGAACUCUCCCCAGGGGGUAAUGAUUUUGAUCUAAGCGCAAACGGGGCGGGGGCAAAACGGCGCAAAGUGACCCAUGGAGAGGAUGACUACACCCAGUUUGCGGCUGGGGAUCUUGAUGUCGAUGUUGCCGCCCUGAUUGCACAGCAAGGGAAGCAGUAA